CCACAAAUUUCGAAAAACUACUGCAGCCUGUACCAGCACCAACACCAGCCAGCCGCCCGAAGAUAGCGACAGUCAUCGAGCGCCCUACUUAGCAACAAUUGCUUGUUGCACUACAUUUUUUUUAAAAAAUAUUCAUCCCGCAUAUAUUAUAUUUGUUAAAGCCUACGUGUAGUAGGUCAAAUAUUGAUACACGAAAAUGCGUCGGCAAAACGUGAGAGAAUUCCAGGACAGAGAAUGACAAUUGUUUAACUUAUGUGAAGUCGGCUGCGCGCAAAUUGUAACUCGCGUGAAGCUGGCUACACGCAACUUUCCACUCAAGUGAAGUUGGCUGCACGCAGUUUUUACUCGCCUCGAAUGAGCUGUACACCGUUUUAAGCUGGCAGUGCCUCAUUUUACUAGCGACAUCUAGCGACAGAAGCAAACAUUUUCAGCGUUGCGUUUUGUCUCGCACUUUUAUCGACGUCUGUGCCCCUUGCGCGUUUACUGUCGUUUUGCACGCGCAUUCGUGAAAAUGGCGGCGUUGUCGCUCGGUCGCUGCCAAAUUUUUUGUACAUCCAAAAUAAUCAAAAUAAAGCGACAAUAAAUACAGUGCUAAACAAACUGUCUAUGCCAGAGGCCGCGUGCGCGCGCUUGUGUGUGAAAAUACAACAAAAGAAAAACGUUCUGGCUAACUCAAAGCAAAUAUUGUAACAUUAAUCAGCUAGCGACAAGGAGUCAACGUCGUCGCCAGCGCAGCAGCAGCAGCAGCCGCCGCGUGAAUAAGCGAGUGCAAGUGCGAGCGUUUUGCUGCGGUUUCGCUUGUCAGCGGAGCACCGAAAGGCUUUGGCCAAGUUUGCAUCAAACGGCCACGCAGCAUGCGAGUGAUAAACAAGAGCUGUAACAACCACAACAAGAACAGCAACAACAACAGCAGCAACAACAUGAUGGCACAGAUGCACAGUUGAUCAAGAAAACAGGCGGCUAAAGAACGUCACAAGCAGAAGAGAAACCGAACGGGUCCGUGUCCAGUUCCGGCUCUUCAAGCGCCAACGCUUCAACAAACGAAACCGCCACCGGAACCGGAACCGCCACGCAAUGAAUAGCAGCCAAACGGCGCCAACGGCCACAUCGGCCAACAGCAAUCGCAUCACCUUCACAACUCAGCCGCUGCCCAAUGGCACCAUCAACAUAGGUGGCCCAGGGGGCGGAGGUGUUGGCCCGACGAUCAUCUCAACAGCACAGCUGCCAAAUACGACGACGAUCAAGACCAUUACGGCGGGCAUUGGUGGACAUGGGGUGCCGGGUCUGUCGCAAGUGCAGCAUCAGGUGCAUCAACAGUCGCAUCAGCAGCAGCAGCAGCAGCAAACGCAAUCAGUAGGUGCCACCCAAACACAAACCUUAGUUAUUAAAUCCAAUCACCAUGCUGUCACCCUGCCGGCGGGUCUAGUAUCAAGUGCACCAGCAGGAAUCGUAACAAUGACCAAGACCAUCAAUCAGACCGGGCAGCCGCUGCUUAACUCCAUGCUGCCGGCCGGCGUUGUGGUCGGCAUGCGACCGCAGGCGCCGACGCAGCAGCAGCCAAAGAAUAUGCCCGCCAAUCCGCUGAGUCGUGUCGUCAUCAGCAACUCUCAUAUGGGUGGCGUUAGGCCACAGAGUCCAUCGAUAACUUUAGGCACACUUAAUACAGGACAAACGCCUGCACUGUUAGUGAAAACGGAUAAUGGAUUUCAGUUGUUGCGCGUGGGCACGGCCACAUCGACGGGCCCGCCGACGAUGACACAGACCAUAUCUAACACCAGCAACAACAACAAUAAUAAUAACAACAACAACAACAACACCACAACAACAACAACAAAUCAUCCCAUAACCACACAGAUACGUCUGCAAACUGUGCCGGCUGCAGCUGUAAGUAGAUAUCAUGGCCAAUCGUCAUCCCAACAACAACAACAACAACAGCAACAAACGCAGCUGCAGCAACAGCAACAACAGCAACAGCAUCAAACAACGACACAAGCAUCCUCACAAGCAACAACUGCCAGCACUAGCAUAGCACUGCGCAAAACGAUUGUCCGUACAUCAUCCACAAUCCUCCCAUCCAGCAAUAACAAUGUUAAUAAUAUCACCACCAAUACCACCACCACAACCACUACCAACAACAACAACAACAACAACAAACCCGCUACUAACCUGCAACAGCAGCAACAGCAGCAGAAGCUACAGCUACAACUGAAGCAGCAGCAACAGGCACAGCAGCAACAUAAGCAACAGCAGCAACAGGCCUCAGCCAGCGCCAGCAGCGCAGCCGCCGCGGCCGCCGCAGCUGCUGCGGCAAAUGUCGCGGCCACAAUUAAGAUCAAGCAAAAUUCGAUGACCAGCACCACCGCCUCCAGCAACAUAAUUGUCAACUCGGUGGCCAGCAGCAAUGCGCAUAGUUUUAGCAGCGCCUCACAUCCGCCGCACUUGGCGCAGCUCCAGCAACAGCAUCAACAGCAGCAACAACAGCCGCAUUUGCCGCAAGUAACGCAAAUCCAAACGAUACCAGCCGCACAGCCGCAUUCGCAAGCGAACAAUGUGCAGGUGGCAUCUGCAGCGGCGGCAACGGCGGUUGCGAAUGCGAACGCAACAACGACAACGGCUGCGCAGGGCAAUACCAAAGAAAAGUGUCGCAAGUUUUUAGCCAAUUUAAUUGAAUUGUCGACACGCGAACCGAAGCCGGUGGAGAAAAAUGUGCGCACGCUCAUCCAGGAGCUGGUCAAUGCGAAUGUGGAGCCUGAGGAGUUUUGUGAUCGCCUGGAGCGUUUGCUCAACGCCAGUCCACAGCCGUGCCUCAUUGGGUUUCUCAAGAAAAGUCUGCCACUGCUGCGCCAGGCCCUCUACACCAAGGAGCUGGUCAUUGAGGGCAUUAAACCGCCGCCACAGCAUGUGCUGGGAUUGGCUGGACUUCCACCACAGCUUCCGAAAAUUCAAGCGCAAAUCCGUCCGAUUGGACUCAGCCAGACGACGACCAUCGGACAGACGCAGGUGCGCAUGAUAACACCAAAUGCAUUGGGCACGCCGCGGCCGACCAUUGGCCACACGACGAUAUCCAAGCAGCCGCCAAACAUUCGAUUGCCCACAGCGCCGCGUCUGGCCAUACGCGGUCAAAUGCCUUCGCUGCCAAUGCCCGCGCAGGCGAACAUUGUGCAAAUCCGCGGCCCGCAUAACGCACAGCUGCAGCGCCCGGGAUCGGUUCAAAUACGUGCCACAUCCCGUCCGCCAAACAGUACGCCCACGAACAAAGUCACUGCCGUCAAGGUUGGUCAGACGCAGAUCAAGGCCAUAACGUCCAGUUUGCAUCCGCCCUCGCUGGCGGCCAUAUCAUCGAACAGUGGACCACCGCCAACGCCGACGUUAUCAGUACUAUCGACGAUAAAUUCAGCAUCGACGACAUCGUUGCCGGUGCCAUCGUUGCCCACAGUUCAUCUGCCGCCGGAAGCGUUGCGUGCACGCGAGCAGAUGCAGAACUCGCUGCAUCACAACAACAAUAAUCACUUUGAGCCAAAGCUCGUUGAGAUUAAGGCACCACAGCUGCCGCAUAUGGAACGAAUCAAUGCCUCGCUGACGCCCAUUUCAGCCAAGACGAUGCCCCGUGGCACUAUGCCCAUGGCGAACAAGUCGGCGAAUAAAAAGAAAAGGGAUGCAAUCGAUCGGGAUAGCAAGGAUGAGAGGGCAAACAGCGGUAGUGGGAUGGCGGGGUCAGCCGCGGCUGCGGCCGCCAAUUCGUUUUUCCAGCAAAGCUCCAUGUCAUCAUCGAUAUAUGGCGAUGAUGAUAUUAACGAUGUGGCAGCCAUGGGCGGUGUUAAUCUAGCCGAGGAAUCGCAGCGCAUUCUGGGAUGCACGGAGAACAUAGGCACGCAGAUACGGUCCUGCAAGGAUGAGGUGUUUCUCAACUUGCCAGCGUUGCAGGCACGAAUACGCGCGAUAACCGCGGAACGUGGCUUAGAUGAACCCUCGCAGGAUGUUGCCGUGCUCAUAUCGCAUGCGUGCCAGGAACGGCUCAAGAAUAUUGUGGAAAAGUUGGCUGUGAUAGCGGAGCACCGCAUUGAUGUCAUCAAGUUGGAUCCACGCUAUGAGCCCGCGAAGGAUGUACGCGGUCAAAUCAAGUUUCUGGAGGAGUUGGACAAGGCUGAGCAGAAGCGACACGAGGAGCUGGAGCGCGAAAUGCUACUGCGAGCGGCUAAGUCCAGAACGCGAGUCGAAGAUCCCGAACAAGCAAAGAUGAAGGCGAGGGCGAAAGAAAUGCAGCGCGCGGAAAUGGAAGAGCUGCGACAGCGCGACGCGAAUUUGACGGCACUGCAGGCAAUUGGACCACGGAAAAAACUCAAAUUGGAUAGCGAUGCGGCCGGUGUGGGCGUGGGUUCCAGUGGCGGCGGUCUGCUGAGCAACUCCGGUACGGCGACUACAACGUUGCGGCCGCGCAUCAAGCGUGUCAAUCUGCGCGACAUGCUCUUCUUUAUGGAGCAGGAGCGCGAGUUUUGUCGCAGCUCGUUGCUGUUCAAGACUUACCUCAAGUGAUCGCUGCUGGCGCCGCUGUUGUUCACAUACCUACGCACCCAUACGAGCUCUCCUGCGCCAACUCCUGCUCCAACUCCAACUCCAACUCCAACUCCAACUCCUGCUCUGGCUUUGGCUCCAGUUAUCAUUCUUCUAUUAGCGUCUAGCAGCUGCGUUCAUCAAUUUGCAAUAUUAUUUAGCUGUCAGAUUUAACUGCGUCGUCCCUUUGUUGUUUUAGUUAGGCGCCCUAUUUAAAUAACGUAUGCGUAGAAAUACCAACUAAAUUGUAAUUAAAAGUUUUUUAAAUCUAAUUUACAAAUCGUUUUCCAAUUAAAUAGCCAGCAACACUUAAACCAAACCAAUCCAAAAACACAAAA